AUGUCGAAUCUGCCAUACGUCUCCGACGAUGCACAGAUCUCUUCCUCAAAUCUAUUGGCUAGGUCUCUGGUAUUGGUUGGGGCUAGGAGGAGAGGACUGAGGGAGAAUGAGGUGGUGGGUGGUGGUUUGGCUAGCUGGGGUGGUUGUUUGGGCUGUUGGGGUGCUGAUUUGGGUGGCUUGGGGUCUUGGGUUGGCUAG